UGUGUGUCCGACCUGAUGCCUUCGGUGCUGAGCGCCUUUUUUGGUAACACCGGCUUCCGGCUUUGGAGUCGGGGAAACCGGGGUUCAGAUCCUGGUUCUUUAGUUAGUAGCUUAACCAUUGGGGAUCGCUCUUCCACUCCUGUAUGGGCCUAUGUUAGUGGGAGCACAGUGAGGGGCAGAGAGGUUAGGCAGCUGCCCAAGGUCACUCGGCAGGGAAGUGGGGGAGGAGCGAUUCGGGCGGCGCGCUCCCGCUGCAAAACCCGUGCUUUGCCAUUACCCUGGGCUGUGAGCCACUCUCUGAGCAUCAUCGACCUCAUCUGGGAAAACGGUGAUGAAUGCCCUUGCCUAAUCUUAACCCAUUCAGCAAAAACUAGCGCCUCCCUGUGGUCGGCUUCUCGAAGGUUCCAGUCGCAGGGCACCGUGCGUCCACAAGGAUACGUUCCUAAGACAUCCCUGAGUUCACCCCCUUGGCCUGAAGUCGUUCUGCCAGACCCCGCCGAGGAGACCAGACACCACGCAGAGGUCGUGCGGAAGGUGAAUGAGCUGAUCGCCACAGGCCGGUACGGCCGGCUCUUUGCCGUGGUGCACUUCGCCAGCCACCAGUGGAAGGUGACGGCCGAGGACCUGAUUCUGAUCGAAAAUGAGCUAGACCUUGCGUGUGGAGAGAGGAUCCGGUUGGAGAAGGUCCUGCUGGUCGGCGCUGACGACUUCACGUUGCUGGGCAAGCCGCUCUUGGGGAAGGAUCUUGUUCGCGUAGAAGCCACUGUCAUUGAAAAGACAGAAUCAUGGCCAAAGAUCAACAUGAAGUUUAGGAAAAGGAAAAACUACAGGAAGAAGAGAAUUAUUGUGAGCUCGCAGACUGUCCUCCGGAUAAACACCAUUGAGAUUGCUCCAGGUCUGUGCUGAUCGUCGAGCCGGCAUUUGCAGAAAAAAAAUAAACCCGUUUUCCAGGGA